GAGUUCAUCUCCAUGGCUUAGGAGAUAACCGCAAAGUGUAAGGGGGUCCCUCUAGCCAUCAGGUGCUUGGCAAAUUUGCUCUUUGUUAAGAACAAGAAAGAUGACUGGAUGUACAUUAAAGAUCAACAACUCUCGAAGAUAGAUAUCAUGCGGCAAGACGAUGCUAUUCUAAGGAUUCUUAGGCUGAGUUACGAUCAUCUCCCUUCUCAUUUGAAGCAAUGCUUUGCAUAUUGUUCAUUGUUCCCAAAAAACCAUCGGAUUAAUAAGAACCUUCUUAUUCGAUUAUGGAUGGCACAAGGAUUCAUUCAGUCAACAGACACAGGGCGAUAUCUAGAAGACAUCGGAGAAGAUUACUUCCAGGAUUUGGUCAGUGGGAACUUCUUUCAAGACUUGCAAGAAGAUGACCUCGGAAAUGUGUACAGUUGCAAAAUGCAUGACCUGAUGCACGACGUCGCUCGAUUAGUAGCUGGAGAUGAGUGCGUUUCAUUUGGCGAGAAUGCAGAAAGUACUAGUAGUGCAAGGACUCUGCAUGUAUCAUGUGAAUCUGUUGAGGAUUUACCAAAGGUGCUUCCCAUCUGCUUGAACCAAGCAAAGAAGCUUCGCACAGUAAUUCCACUUUAUCGUCCCAGUACUUCUAUAGCACCAAUGGUCUGCCUCAAAGAUAUUGCAAGGCUCGAAGGUAUGCGUGUUCUGAAGCUAAAUUAUGCAAAUAUCAGCAUGGUGCCAAGUUCCAUCGGUAAUCUGAAGCAUCUCAGAGAACUUGAUCUUUCUUUUAAUCCGAUUGACACACUCCCCAGUUCCAUAAUCAAGUUACAAAAUUUGCAGACACUUAUACUCUCUAAGUGUCAGGAGCUUAAGGAAUUGCCAAGAGACAUCAGAAAACUCGUAAAGCUAAGGCAUCUUGACCUUUCACGGUGCACCAGCCUGAGUUAUUUGCCCAGUGGACUCGGAGAGUUGACUUCUCUGCAUACAUUGUCAUAUUUUGUGGUCAGCAAUGACCAUUCGACCCGGAAAUAUCAUGCCCAGCUAAACGAAUUGAAUAGCCUAGACAAUUUGAGAGGGUACCUUCGCAUCAGCAAUUUAGGAUACAAGAAGGAGGAUGUCUUGGAGUAUAAGGGGCUGAGCUUGACCAAGAAGGGUGGCCUACAAUCGUUAGUGUUAGAGUGGGAAAGAGUUGGAACACUGGAUAGUGCUGAGGAGGCAUUCAACAAUCAUGAGGCUAUGUUAGAUGGUCUCCAGCCGCACCCAAAUCUCAGAUGGUUAUGUCUUAUGCAUAACAUGAGCGCGAGGCUACCGCAGUGGAUAAUGGAUGACAUGAUCAGCUCCGUACCAAACCUGGUUGAGAUUAGUUUCUGGGAUUGUAGAAAUCUCCAACAUCUUCCUCCACUGGGUCUGCUGCCUCAUCUCAAGUCCUUGAAGCUGGCCCUUCUAUUCAUGGUCGACUGUAUAGAUAACAAUAACAGCAAUGUUUUGGGCAACGAUGAUGUGAGCACAAGAGGAACGACUCCUGAUACGAUAGUUAGGCAAGAGGAGGAUCAUCAGACUAUGCUACAAAAGUCCUUUCCACGCCUUUCUCAGUUAUCUAUCGUCAACUGCCCCAAGCUGACAUCUCUGCCAAUCCUUCCACAGCUAGAGAGGCUGACGCUUUAUGAUGUCAACGAAGGAAUACGACACGGGUUCGUUGAGAAACUCAGCUUGAACCGUUUGACGAUUGGGGGGAUGAAGACUCUUGAAAUAGUGCCAAACGAGUGGCUGCAUGGGCUCGUUUCUCUCUCCAGAAUGACAAUUGCUCGCUGCCCCAAGUUGACCUGUCUGUCUCAUGGUAUGCAAAAUCUGAACAAGCUUAGACAACUUAUUAUUAGGGAGUGCGACCAGCUUGAUCUCUCUGUCGAUGAGAAUGGGAAUGCACUGCAAUUUCAAGCACUCACGAGCCUCCGAUAUCUAACAAUCUAUGGAAUCCCGAAACUCAUAUCGCUGCCAGAGUGGCUUCUUCAUCUCACCAAUCUUGAGGUGCUCCACCUCAGUAACUUGAGUAAUCUCGUGGCUUUGCCAGGGUGGAUAGGAGAUCUGCUAUCGCUUAGGACGCUUGAAAUCGUUCAAUGCGGCAGUUUGACAGCUCUGCCCGAAGAGAUAUCAAAGCUCAAAUCCCUAGAGUGUGUGAGGAUUGCAGGAUGCCCUCGCUUAGAAGAAGCAUGCCUCAAGGAUACGGGAACAGAUUGGCCUAAGAUUGCUCAUCUGCAAAUACAUUUCAAGGAGUUGGCUCACCUCGAUGAAACGGAUAUAUCAAUUAAAAUCAUGGGAUGGGAGUAAGAACUCUUGAAUCUACGAGAAGAUACAGUUAUGUACACGCAUACAGGCUGAUAACUCUGUUCAUCCCUAAGGGUCCAAACUGGAGUCAAAGCUCAAUGUUUGGCGCCCUCAACAUGCCUUCUAUAUGUAAAUUUGCCUCGUGAGAUGCCUAAAGAACUUUUGUAAUAUGAAUUUGCCUCGUGAGAUGCCUAAAGCUAACUUACUUUGAUUCCUAAUUCAUUCUGAUUGUCACAUCGGGAGAGACCCAUAUAAUAAUACAGUUUCUCUUUCUUCCUUUCCAUACAUCAGUUCUGAAAUUAGGCCAAACAAACAUGUCCGGUAAGACGGAGAAAGUUAUGGAUUCCAGAUCAUUUUUGUUGUGCUUCAAAGAGAGCUUGAUACUGGACUGUGAUGGUGAAUUUUGAUGUAAUGAAUAAAAGAUUUUAAGGUCGA